ACAUUUAAAGAGUUGCUGCGAUUUUCUCAAAUUAAAACAUUUGUGGGCCUUCCAGAAGGCCCAUAGAACAUCCAAGUCUGAUUGAAGUUGUUCUUCAGAAUGAAUUGUGCGUAACAAGUUAGUAGGGAAAACAUGGCGGAAGAAACAGGAAAAUCAGAAAAAGGGAAUGAGAAAGUGUGCAAAAGAUGCAAACAGACGUAUUCAGCAGCUUCUAAUAACUCAAAUUCAUGCCGAUUUCAUCCUUCUUUCUUUGUCUGUCGCCGUCACGAUGAUCAGAAAAGGUAUUAUGAAUUGGGACCGGGUGAUCCUCCUUAUGCUGCCAAGUUUUAUGAUUGCUGCGGAGCAGAAGAUCCUGAAGCAAGUGGUUGUACCACCAGUUUCCAUGUUUCAUAUGAUGAUGACUAGGAAGAUUCUCAUGGUUUGUUAUGUAACCUUUCUGUAAAUUAGAAACUGUCUGUACCUGAAAGAAUUUUGCCCUUUGAUCUGAAAUGGAGAGUCUCCACAUGGUCUACAUAUUUUAUACAGAAUAAUAAUAUUCAUUUCUUGUA